UCCCGUUCGAAUGAAACGUUAGUUUUGAAUGAGCUGUUGUCGUCGAAACACCUUACAUUUUAUAAUUAUACCGUUAGAAAGUACAAUAUAAUCUUUUGUAGGGAAAUUUUGUUUCGAAAUAAAGUGAUUUUGUGUGGCGUUUCUAGACCAGAAUGAUCGACGAAAAGCGUUUUCCGACGAACCUGCUGCCAGAGCCAGCAUUUGGAAAUGUGGAAUAUCAGGUUAAAUUUACGAUGUCCACGACAAAAGACAAACGAAUUAUGUCCUUCGUUGAUACUUUAUGGGGAUUCGAAGUGACUGGUGGAUACGAUCAGUAUGAACCGCUGACUGUGUUAGAGGUACGCAGAAGCGGAUACGCUUUCCGAGCUGGAAUCCGUGUAAACGAUAGAAUUGUACAAAUAAACGAAACCAUGGCAGACGCUUUAACUUUACGGGAGGCACAACUUUUAAUUCGUCAAUCGGGCAAACAGGUCAAGAUCUAUGUGAAAGGCGAUACGAAUUUCGACGAAGAUGAUGAAUACACGGUUGACUUCUGGUUCAAGCCUCCUCGCAAGAAGAUCCAUGUGGAAAACCAAUGGGGAGACUGUUUCCCAUGGAACGACAAAAAGAAGAAAAUCUACCGAGAAUCGAAUUGCUUUAUGGUGCCCAGUAAGGCUGAGGAAAAGUUAAUCGAACGAAUGUUGAGCGGACGAGGCCCAGUCAUAAUAACCCAAUCGAAAGAGAAUGUGGUCGACAAAUAUGAGGACAUGGCUCGCCAACAGGCCGAAAAUGCACGACAAGCCGCUGAAAGUCUGCAGCAAGAGAUCGACAGCUCCGAGGAAAUAGCUCUGCGACAACGGCUUGCCGACGCUGAACGAGACUUGGCAAAGGCUCUGAGAGCUCAUACACCGACCACAGACGAAUCGAAUGUUACGAUGGGAACAACGGCGUCAACAACGACGGAAUCAACAAACUUGCUUGAUACACCGGGCAAGGGUCGGUAGAAAUGACCCAACAAAGAAAAAUUAUUUCAAUUCCAUGUCCGACUUCCUAAACGAAAUAAAAAGUAAAUUUCA